AUGCCUUGUUCCCAGGGUGAGCCCCCAGGUAAGGGUACCAGUUUCUUCCUGAGCCAUGACCAGAGCCAUUCCCAGAUAAAUGAGGUUUCCUGGAAGGAUGUUACCAAUGCCUUAUCUCUGGCCAACAUGGUCCUGGGGUUCUUCUCCAUCAUCUUCAGCUUCAGCAGGAAACGUCACUAUGCCUCCUGGAUGCUCCUGGUCAGCUUCCUGUUGGACAUGGCAGUCAGGGCAAUGACCAGCCACAUCAACAUCUGCUCCAAAUGGGGAGCCGAGCUGAAUGACUUUGCCGUCUUCACCACCUUCGGCCUGGCCUCCGCUCUGCUCCUAGGCGUGGAUGGACUUCUGAGUGGGAUCCUGGCCAUCAUCUAUGUGUCAGCUGCUUCUUUCCACUUGUGCUUUUAUUCACCUGGAGUCCCCUCCACAUACAAGGGUCUACCCUGCCCCUAUGCUUCCUGCAUCUUGGCUUCCACCUCCCUUCUGACCAAAGGCAACAGGUUCAUCCUCUGCUGCAUGGCCUCACUCAUGAUUCUCUUCAUGAUGGACCAGAGCUACUAUCCAUAUGACAAAAUCCUGGAGUCUGAGAACUGGAAAAAAUUGGUUUAUAUGGGAGGUGUCAUCAUGCUGUUUUUCUCCCCAUUGUCUCUGUCUGCUUUUUACUGCCUGAUGUGGUCGCUCUCAUACAUCUUCUUUCCAGAUGCUCUUUGGGGCAAGGCAGCCUGUCUUUCGCCACAGCACUGA